AUGCAACAGACAGGUAUUCAAAAAAGCCCACCACCAGUGGUCAGUUACAUUUUUGCAUAUCAGCCCAAGAAUACGCUCCAACCCUUCACGCAGCAUAUCACCAAAGCAUUCUGGCUCAAGCAUAAGGCCCAAGUAAUGGCCUCAACCACUAUAAUCCCGAGCGAGAUGAUCACGGUCACAGUUCAGCCGACGACGCCAUUAACGGCCACACAAUCCAGAAUACCAGUCCCCACCUCCCUCGCACCAAACGAGGUCCUUAUCAAAGUACAUGUUGCUGCGUCAAACCCAAAAGACUGGCUUCAUCUAGUGACAAGAAAGCUCUCUAUCAACUCAGGCGAUGACCUUGCUGGAACAGUUGUCGCGACCGGAAACGAGGUCACUCUCCUUCGCGUUGGAGAGCGAGUAGCUGCGUUUCAUCCUAUGUUCGCACCAUACGGUGCUUACGCUGAAUAUUCGGUGGCUCCUGCACACACAGUUCUGAAGAUCCCAAGCACAAUGUCCUACGAGGAAGCGGCAACCAUCCCACUUGUCACAACAACGGCGGCACUGACCUUGUUUCGUCGGCAAAGGUUUGUGGCCCCGUGGGAAAUCUCCCCGACCGCGGAGAAGACGCACAACGCAAAACCUCUGCUCAUCUACGGCGCAUCCACGUCUCUUGGACUUUAUCUCGUAAAACUUGCAAAAUUGGCAGGUAUCGGUCCGAUUAUCGCGAUUGGAGGCGGCAGUAGCAACUAUCUUGAGAAGCAUCUUGAUGGGAACGUCGGAGAUGUCUUUCUGGAUUAUCGAUCUGGCACGUCAAAGGUCCAGGAAGCUGUAAGAACCAUUCUCGUCGAGAAGGGUUUGGACUUGAAGCAUGCUAUCGAUGCAUACAGUGAGAGUGGAAGCUGGGUGAGCAUCGCACAGCUUUUGACCACUGGCGGGAAGUUAAGUGUCUUCUCUGGUGCAAAUCAAUAUGCUGAGAGUGAGAUCCCUGCAUCCGUCGAGAUUCUCUAUACUUUCGUCGGUACAGCACAUGAAGGAGCGUACAGACCUGGAAUGCCAAAACAACCACCACCUGACGAGGCACGAGGAGACAUUGCAUUUUCAGAACAACUCUUUCGAUGGUUGGAGGAAAUGAUCGGGCAGGGAAAAUUCGAAGGCCACCCGUUUAAAGUCGUUCCCGGUGGUCUUAAUGGCAUUGCAGACGGACUGAAUAUUCUUAGAGAUGGUAAGGCCGCGGGGAGGAAACUCGUUUAUCAUGUUGUGUAG